UCUCGUUUCAUCCUCUCCUGUACAUGUAGAUGGUGGUAAGUUAGGACCAUGAACAAGACAGCCUUGGUCAUUGUAGACUUUCAGAAUGAUUUCUUGCCUCCUGAUGGCUCGCUGGCGGUGAAUCAAGGCAGAGACGUCUUGCCGGUCUUGAAGCGAUUGUUGGAUCGCUCAGAGUGGGAUUGGGCGGCCGUCCUGGCAUCUCAGGAUUAUCACCCCAGAGGUCACAUCUCGUUCGCCUCGACCCACGGCGAAGACGCAUUCAGCAGCAAGAGAGUGACCAACGCUCAUGGGCUGGAGUACGAUCAGAUUCUCUGGCCUGAUCACUGUGUGAUAGGGACGAAAGGCGCAGAGAUAGACCAGGACUUGAGACAGGAUUUCCCAGCCUGGGACGAUAGGAUGACGAUUGUUCGAAAGGGCCAGUAUUCUGGUUUGGAGGAGUACAGCGCGUUCGAUGGAGAGAUCAACGAUCUCCUUCACCCGAAAGACAAGCCACCAAGUAGUGAUGGUUCAGAUCUGCCCAAGGGUCUCGGACCAAGUGAUAAGCAAGUGGCAAAGCAUCUUCGGGAUAAAUCAAUUGAAAACGUCGUCGUGGUCGGACUGGCGACUGAUUUCUGCGUUCUCCAUACUGCAAUGGCGUCGCUUGAGGCUGGUUUCAAGACUUGCGUUCUGGCUCCAGCUGUGAGAGGAAUCAAGGAGGAGGAUAUCGACAAGGCUUUCGAGACGAUCAAUUCUUCCGGUGGUGACGUUGUGGGGAAGGAGGAUGAGGCGAGUUGGAGAGAUGAGCUGAAGCGAUGGACAAGCAGCUGAGAGUGGGAGAAAUCAAUUUAUCGUCACACCGAGACGCCCACUGCCGUUCGAUAAU